AAGGGGAUAGAUACAGACUUACAGUUUAUCUAGGGAACAAUGAUCUGGGUUCUUAGGCAGUUAGUCGAGAUAGAGACACUAGGAGGAUCAGAGAUGAGAGAGAGCGAGAGAGAGAGCGCAAUGACUUUCUAAGCAGGGAGAUCCUAUUCAGUCAGGAUAAGAAGUUCUCCUCUUCAGAGCUGCUUACGAGGCCAGACAGUCAGCCCUUGAUGGAGCCAAAGAAAGUCAAGCUUUAAUGCUUAAUGGAGAUAACCAUGUUCACUACCUCCUCUCCUCUCCUCCGCCAUGACCCGCCCCGCCACCAUCUCACUUGGACUUCUGCUCCUCCUCAUUGGACACACAGCAGCAGGACCUGAGUCUGAGCUCCAACCCAGAGCUGUGCGGUCGAGUGCCUGUCAGGACCACAGUACUCUUCAUGACAGACUGGAUGUAGUGGAGAAGCGUGUAGAGGACACAGUCCAGAAGCUGGAGGAUGAGCUGGCUGUGCUCCUGGACGCCAUAGAGGCCCCUGAGUGGAGCCCCCUGCUGGAAACUGCUGGAAAACCUGUGGUGGACAUCCUGGAUGGCCAGGGACUGGGAGAAGGUGGCGACUCCUGAGAGAGGAGAGCAGAGAUCUCUGUUGAGGGGCUAUGCUACUUCACUCUGCCCUGAUGAGAGUGCACCUGGCAAGGACAGACAAUGAAAGAUACUUGAAUGUACAAUCUUUGUCUUUCUGGACUUGAAAGUGUACACAAACUGUAUAAAACAAGCCCUUUGAUGAGUAAACAUAGGCUUAGUAUGUAUUCUGUGCAACAGUUGAUAGAUCACGACACUAAUGCUUACUUGACUGCAUAAUACACUCCUCUAAUCCUCAGACACUCUCAUCCUUUCUUCUUAGACUAAACCAGAAUCCCUACACACAAGGGUAACUGUCUCAGCCUCUCAGGAUGGCUACAGUUCUAAACAAUUGAUACGUUGGUUUUUUAUCUAGUAAUGUAUUCUGUUCUGUGUGGAAUUGUGUCCCUUUCUCGUCCCAUGCCUCUGUUCCACCCCCUGGUGCCAGUUGAGAGCUACACAUGCAGCACCGAACCACAAGGUAGGCCGUGCCCUUUACCACAGAUCAAGAAUCAGGUUACACAACCCCUAUCCUAAACCAUUAGGGAGGCUUGAAAUAACACCCAACCUUGUAUCAGUGGUUAAGGGCAACUAAUAAUCUCAAUGUGAAUGAAUGAUGAAAACCACUAGAGAAGGAAGGAUUUUAUUUAUCAAAGCAGCUAAAGCAACAUGUUUCAAUACACAGAGCAGUUUGAAUAGGUACAGUACAUGGCUUCCACUGAGACCCAGGCUAGUUGCAUUUUUAUUUAUUUUAGUCCCCAUAAAAAUCUUACAGAACAUGUUCAAAAUCAAAACACAAAGAGAAGAGUGGUCAUAGAUUUAGUUCUCAAAAAUGGACACCACAAUACUAAAAUGUUGCUACAAAGAUAAGACAGUAAUAUUAUCUGUGAGAGCUUUAAUCCUUAACCAGUUGAUGGGAAAAGUACUGUGGUAAUUGGUCACUCGUUCUAUCACAAUGCUGUUUGAAACACCCAGGUAAAUAUACUUACAAUUUUAUCCAAUAAACUAGCAUUGUAAACACAAUGUUACAAACAUA